CCGGCGGCUAAGGCGCGGACCUGAGGCCGCGAGCAAAGCGGCCCUGGCGGCUGCACCAUGGAGUCAGGCACGGAGGAAUACGAGCUGAACGGCGACCUGCGCCCCGGCUCGCCCGCCUCUCCGGGCUCCCCCGAUGCCUCGCGCCUCUGCGCCAUCGUCUCCUGUGUGCGGCGGGGUGGGCGGAGAGGAGUCACCGCCUCCUGGCUGGAGGCUCAGAGUUGGCAGACAGCUACGUCACCACACGGUGACCACACGGUGACCACACGGUCGGAUGCAGCGGUGAUGGGGGAAACCCGAUGCUCUGUCCCUGCUGCGGUUACCUCCCUUUGAGAAACAGACUGUCACCCAUUCAGCCUUCUGGGCAUCCACGCUGGGGACUGUAAGGAUCUGCACAGAAUUUGCUCUGCCUAACCUGCCAAGGCCAUAGCAGUGGACGGAUGUCCACAUCGGAGCCACCCCGCUGGGGCUGGAGGAACCGGCCCAUCAAUGUGAACCAUUAUGCCAACAAGAAGAGCGCAGCAGAGAGCAUGCUGGACAUCGCACUGCUCAUGGCCAACGCAUCGCAGUUGAAGGCUGUGGUGGAGCAGGAACCCCCUGUUGCCUUCUUCGUGCCCCUUGUGGUCCUCAUCUCCAUUUCCUUGGCACUGCAGAUUGGAGUGGGCGUGCUGCUCAUCUUUCUCGUCAAAUAUGACCUUAACAACCCAGCCAAGCACGCCAAGCUGGACUUCCUUAACAACCUGGCCACAGGCCUAGUGUUCAUCAUCGUGGUGGUCAACAUCUUUAUCACGGCCUUUGGGAUCCAGAAGCCUGUGGCAGAUGUGGCACCCCGGCAGUAGGACACCCAGAGUCCUGAACACUAUGUACAGCCCAGCCGUCCGACCCCAGGAAUUGCUGUGCCCUCAAGGUGUCCCCCUUCCUAUGCAUAGCACUCUCCCAAACCACCAGAGCCCAGGCUGGCCUCUACUGGACCAUUGUCUUGGAUAAACUUCUAUACAACUGUGACUGCUAUGUGGGAGGCCACUGCUGGCAUGUGAAGGCUGGACACAAGCCUUGAAGACCAGAACUGGACAGCCUCAGACCCAUGGCCCAGAGAAGGGUUACUGCCUAUCCAAGGACAUGAAGCAGGUCCACGGUUGGGCUCAAUGAGGGGCCAGUACCAGCCUCUGCCUCAGAACUUUCCAGAAGGCCCAGGACAUGCCUCUCCCUUUGCUGAUGCACCAGCAUCCCUACUUCCCAUGGGGCCUACACGGGCCAUCCAGGUGACUGCUGUCUCUGCCAUUUCCUAACACAGGGACACUGGGCAGCAAGCAGCACCUGUCGGUCCCAGUGGUGGCCACUGACUUUAGCCUCAGUGCCUGGGAUUGGCAGCCAUCAAGAGGCAGCCAUGCCCAUGGGGACUGCAGGUCCUGCUGGAAUGUUCUACCAGCUGUGACCAGGCAGAACCCCAGUCCCCUGCUCAGGGGUUCAAGCCCCACUUUUCUAAUCAGGAAUGACAAUAAAACUCAUGCACUUCCCUCCUGGGUUCCAUGUA